AUAGCACAACCACAAGUUCAUAUCUUGCAAGUCUUACGUUAUCCUUUAAGCUUUCUACAGCUGUUUAACAACAAUAUUUUUGUACUUAAUGAAGCUUAACUCUAAUUUUUCAUUUCCUUAAGGGAUUAUCUUAUACAUAUAAAACUAGGGCUGGCGUAAACAUCCUCAGAGCUUCCCAGUUAAGUGCAGUCAUCUAUUAUUGAGCGAAAGGCCGAGUGUGGAAAUGUGUGUAAGACGGUGGAUUUGAAGUAGAUUUGGUUUCAAUCGAUCAGCGGGAGAAGAAUAUUGCUUAUGGUAACAAAAGAAGCAGCUAUGUCUUUCUCUCAGUUUGGAUAUCCUUACAAUGCAACUUCUCAGUUCUUCGUGUCGGCAAACCCCAGUACGACUUGCUGCGAUUCGAUUUCCAGGUCGGUGACGGAAGGAUCGAGCGCGUCUCAGACCGCAGCCUCCUUCUGCUGUCCCUCCUAUGAGAACCGGCUGCUUGCGAGCACGCGGACAGAGCUCAACGCCGCGCUCGGGAUGUACGGCUCUCCUUACGCAGCAGCAGCGGCGGCAGCCGGGCAGAACUACGCCAACUACUUUCCGUACAGCGCCGACCCCUCUGCCAUCUACUCCAGCCUGAACCCACAAUAUGAAAUCAAAGAGGGGUCAGGCAGUCUUCAUGGCACUAUAACCCAACCUGCCGCCUACUAUCCAUAUGACCACUCACUCGGCCAGUACCAGUACGACAGGUAUGGGACAGUUGAUUUUAAUGGGUCAACACGGAGAAAAAAUGCCACGCGUGAGACAACGAGCACUCUUAAAACAUGGCUUUAUGAACACCGGAAGAACCCAUACCCUACAAAGGGUGAGAAGAUCAUGCUGGCCAUUAUCACCAAAAUGACUCUCACGCAAGUGUCUACCUGGUUUGCCAAUGCUAGGAGAAGACUAAAGAAAGAAAACAAAAUGACCUGGUCCCCUAAAAACAAAGCAGGCGAUGACAGGAAGGAAGAGCUUAAUAAGAGUGACCCAGACAACAUUACCAAAGAUUCCAAAGACAGUAAGGAUGAGCAGGACCUGCAGUUCAGUGACCUGGAUGACAUGGAGGACGAGGACUGUGACAAGCUGGACAGUGACUGUGAGAAAUCAGGUCAGGAUGACCUCCCGACUUCCUCCCCUCCAAAGAGAGACUGUAACCCUGACCUUCCUCUUCACUCGAACUUCCCAUCUUUUCCCUGUGGUCUAAAGAGUUUGGGGCCUCUGAACCCUGAUUACCUGGAUCCUUUGGGAUCCAAACGACAGCAACAACAGCACUCACCUCAGUCCACCUCCAUCAACACUGUGACGCUCUCUCACUUUGAGCCAUCGGAAAAGCCUCGGAUCUGGUCGCUGGCGCGUACAGCCGUCGCAGGCGUUGUGUUAGGCACGCAGAACAGUGGGGAUGUACGGACUGGGCCCGUGGACUGUCAGAUGCAGACACUAAGGCUCCCCACAGUCGAAGGGGUGCAGUGUGGGGAGCUGAAGGGCCUUCAGGACCCUACAAACCUCAGCAAUACUGAAAGCCUUUACCAAGAAGGACUGCAGGGGAUACACAAGGCAUACAAUAGCGGGAGCUACAAGACCCUUCAACUUCACUCUUCAUCCUAUCCUGGACUGACAGAAUCCUGCCAAUACUCCUCAAUAGAAGGAUUUCCCAGUGCAGGAAAGACAGAGAUAGAAUCAAGUGAGCUCAAUGACACGUGUCCAACAAUCCAGAAGACCACUGCAUUCAGACCCGUGAUGAAGAGGUGAAGCAGGACUGAGGAAACACCAAUAAACACUGGGACAUUUUUAUGAUCUACAUUAUGCACUAUGGAAUGGAGUCAAUGAAGAACUAUAAGCCCAUGGCAACAGGCACUUGAAAUAAUACCGCAAUGAGUCUUUCUGGAACUGUGAAAACUGGAGGCAGCCAUAUUUUUGCACAAUAUGAUUUGAUGGUGUCAAUAACUUUAUGCAAUGUUUUGUGUAUGUAUGAGAAUGAACUGUGAUUUCUUAUGUUUGCAUUGGCAAUCGUAGUUUAGUAAUUCUAUUUGCCUAUUUAUUGUUUGAUUAUUCAUCAGCUUUAUUUAUCUGUUACCAUGAGUCCUCUCGAGGUUUUGUUGUGCGUUACAUUUAUUUCUCUGUGGUCAUGUACUUAAUGUUAUGUGAUUUACUUUUUUUGGAAGCUGGUGUGAACUUUACAGUCAGUCUUUUUACUUUUAUUUACUGAACAAAAAUAAAUGAGGUGUGAUACUGUG